CAGAACCAGCAUCAGGAGGCAAAAGAGGAACUUCUUUUUGAAAGUACAACAAUAACGUUAUUUGAAGUGAAGGAAGAGAAACGCUGCCAUGAAUUCAUCACCACUGACUUUGACUUUUAUUGUUCUACUUCAAAUUUUCCAUCAAAGUUUUUGCCAAAAUGGAACCAAACCUAACAUUGUGAUGGUGAUGAGUGAUGCAUUUGAUGGACGGCUGACCUUUGACCCUGGCAGCAAAGUUGUACAGCUGCCGUUUAUAAACUAUCUGAGGCAGCUCGGUUCCACGUUCCUCAAUGCGUACACUAACUCUCCCAUCUGCUGCCCUUCAAGAGCAGCAAUGUGGAGUGGUCAGUUUGUUCACCUCACUGAGUCGUGGAACAACUUCAAAUGCCUCGAUGCAAAUGCAUCCACGUGGAUGGAUUUACUGCAGGCAAACGGAUACCGGACCAAGAUGAUGGGCAAACUGGACUUUACCUCAGGGAGUCACUCUGUCAGUAAUCGAAUUGAGGCCUGGACACGAGACGUUGGUUUCCUCCUGCGUCAGGAGGGACGGCCGCUGACGCAGCUCGUCGGGAACAUGUCCACAGUGAGGAUCAUGAGAAAAGACUGGAAAAACACAAAGGAGGCUGUGCAGUGGAUCCACAAAACAGCUGCAUCCGCACACCAGCCUUUUGCUCUUUAUCUCGGCCUAAAUUUACCUCACCCGUAUAAAACUGAAUCCCUGGGACCCACGGCGGGAGGAUCCACCUUCCUCACCUCACCGUACUGGCUCUCAAAGGUCUCCUCUGAUCUGAUCACUGUUCCAAAAUGGCUGCCCAUGGUUGCCAUUCACCCUGUCGAUUACUACUCCACCUUCACCAAAAACUGCAGCGGGGCUUUCACUGAGGACGAAGUCCGAAGCAUUCGGGCUUUUUACUACGCCAUGUGUGCGGAGGCUGAUGCCAUGCUGGGUCAGGUGAUUUCAGCCCUGAGAGAAACUGGGCUGCUUAACAACACCGUCGUGAUCUUUACGUCGGACCACGGAGAGUUGGCCAUGGAGCACCGGCAGUUCUACAAGAUGUCGAUGUUUGAGGGCAGUUCCCAUGUUCCCCUGCUGGUCAUGGGACCUGGGCUGAUGUCCGGUCGACGGGUCGACCAGCUCGUGUCUCUGGUUGAUCUCUAUCCCACUGUUCUGGACGUCGCUGGUAUUUCGUCAGUCGUUGAUCUCAGUGGUCACUCUCUCCUACCUCUGCUGUCCAAAUCUGGUGCUCUUCCCAAGAGGCAACGUCCAGACUGGGUCCUGAGUGAAUAUCAUGGUUGUAACGUUAAUGCGUCUACGUACAUGCUGAGAAGCGGCAAGUGGAAAUACAUCGCCUAUUCAGACGGCCUGACUGUCCCUCCCCAGCUUUUUGAUCUUUCACUGGACAAAGAAGAACUUUUCAAUGUGGUCCUCAAAUACCCAGCUGUGAAAGAGUUUCUGGACAAUCUGUUGCGCAGCAUCGUGGACUAUCCCCAAGUCUCUGCGACUGUCCAUCGCUACAAUAAAAGAGCAUUUACUGCCUGGCGUGAUAGUCUGGGAAGGAAUUACAGCCAGGUUAUUGCCAACCUCAGGUGGCAUGUAGACUGGCAAAAAGAUGCGUUAUCACAUGAGAGAGCUAUUGACAGUUGGCUUUAUGGCUUUUGAUGAGGGUUAAAUGGGUUUGGUAUUUUAUGAGAGAUAAGAAAUGGGGAUAAAUGCUUUUAUUGUCAGACAAAGAUAUAAAAUUGUUCUUUUGCACUUUGUUUUAAGUAUGUUAAAUGCUUUCCUAUUUGUUUUAAAAUAAAAUGGAUCUUUUUUUUAUA